GGACUCGCGCAGCUGGGUGGAUCUGUUUUGGGGUGUUGGAGGUUUCGUGGAGCUUCUGGAGCUGUCGCGGUGAUUUCUUGCGUCUUUUCCCCGUCGAUCGGCACCGAUUUCCCGCGCGCCCGCCGCAGCCAUGCCCGGGAUAGAGAAGCUGCCGAUAGAGGAGACUCUGGAGGACAGUCCGCAGACCCGCUCUCUGCUGGGAGUGUUCGAGGACGACACUGCAGCCAUCUCCAACUACUGUACACAGCUUUAUCAGGCAAUGCAGAGGAUUUAUGAUGCGCAGAACGAGCUCAGUGCUGCGACACACCUGACCUCCAGGCUGCUGAAAGAGUACGACAAACAGCGUUUUCCUCUAGGGGGCGAUGAUGAGGUGAUGAGCUCCACCCUGCAGCAGUUUGCAACAGUCAUUGAUGAGUUGAGUUCCUGUCACGCUGUCUUGUCCACCCAACUCGCAGACGCCAUGAUGUUUCCCAUCACUCAGUUCAAAGAAAGAGACCUGAAGGAGAUCCUCACUCUGAAGGAAGUCUUCCAGAUAUCCAGUGAUGAUCAUGACACAGCCAUUAAUCGAUACAGCCGCCUGUCCAAGAAGAGGGACAAUGACAAGAUGCGGGCCGAGGUCGUGGAGGACGUCUACACUUCCCGCAAGAAACAGCACCAGACCAUGAUGCACUACUUCUGCUCACUGAACACAUUACAGUACAAGAAGAAAACUGCCCUGCUGGAGCCUCUGCUGGGCUACAUGCAGGCCCAGAUCAGUUUCUUCAAGCUGGGGUCAGGAAAUCUCACCCAGCAGUGGGAAGACUUCCUGGGAACCAUAGGAACCAGCGUCCAGAAUGUCCGUCGGGAGAUGGAGGAGGAGGUGGGGCAGAUGCAGCAGACCAUCCAGCAGAUAGAGACAUCAUGUGACACGCUGUAUGCGCCGUGUGACCCUGACCCCGCCCACUCACCUGUCUGUCGCAACCUGACCAGGAAACAGGGCUACCUGUACAUCCGCAAUAAAACAGGUCUGGUGUCUACAUCCUGGGAGCGACAGUACUUCUUCACGCAGGGUGGUAACCUGAUGCAGCAGGGCCGCAGAGAGGUGGCGGGCGGGCUGGUCACAGACCUGGACAACUGCUCCGUCAUGGCCGUCGACAGCGACGACCGCCGCUUCUGCUUCCAGGUCACGUCCUUCGAUGGCAAGAAAGUGGUGACGCUGCAGUCGGAGAUCAGGAAGGACUGUGAGGAGUGGAUCUCCACCAUAAACAACAUCUCCAAGAGGAUCUACCUGAGUGAGAACGCAGAGGAGCUGGCAGCCAGACUGAACCAAUCAGCUAUUGAGGCUGUGACGCCAUCACCGUCCUUCCAGCAGAGACACGAGAGCAUGAGACCCAGCAGUAAAGGGCGCGUGGGCCGAGCAAGCAGUAUCAGCUCUGUGGGGUCCGAGCCGUCGCCCGCUCUCUCUGUACUCUCAUUGGACGCGCUGGUUGCCCCGGAAACACCCAUCCAGUUUGACAUCAUUUCCCCCGUCAGCGAAGAAAUGUCAGGGCAGAGCAAGACGGCGGCACAGUCCGGCAGAAGGAGUAAUCCGUUCGGAGAGUCUGGAGACAGCACAUCAGAAGACAGUGAAGAAUCGAUCCUCCACCAGCUCUUCAUCGUUCGCUUCCUGGGCUCCAUGGAGGUGAGGACGGCCGAGUCCCCGGACGUCAUCUCUGAGACCAUGAGACAGAUCCUGGCCGCCAGAGCCAUCCACAACAUCUUCAGGAUGACGGAGUCCCACCUGCUGGUGACCUGCGACUGCCUCAAGCUUAUUGAUCCUCAGACACAAGUCACUCGACUCAGGUUCCCUCUGUCCAGCGUGGUUCAGUGUUCGUCCCAUCAGGACAACAAGAGGCUGUUUGGUUUCGUCUUGCAGCCGGCGAGUGAGCGGGACGACAGCCGAGCCGUCUGCUACAUUUUUGAGUCCAACAACGACGGAGAGAAGAUCUGUGACAGUAUCGGUCUGGCCAAGCAGAUCGCCUUCCACUCCGAGAUGGACCGAAAGGCGGUGGAGAAGAGGAAGGAGCAGGACAAGGCUAAAGAGAAACAGCAGGAGGAACUCAGCAAACAGAGACAGAUAGAGAAGGAUCUGGAGGAGCAGAGUCGUUUGAUCGCCGCCUCGAGUCGUCCUGCCAACCCGCCUGCCGCUGACGGACAGUUUCUAGUGCUUAGCAACAGCCAGUCGGAGGACAGUGACGCUGGGGACGAGGGGAAGAAGAAGGGCGAGUCGGAGGCCUGAUGACACGGAUGCAUGUUUUACUUCCCAGGCAGGUCCCAGCUGGUACUGUCGAAGCAGCAGCUCAGGAAUCAGAGGAGGGGAACGCCACCCGCCCACCCGGGCUGCCUGGGACUGGAAAACAUGUACUCCCUCUAAUGGACUCCCAUAUUUGUGAUGGAGCACAUCACUCUGAAAAUAGAGGACAAACUGAACACAUCCUCACUAUAUGUGUAGGAGGAGGAGGAGGAGGAGGGGAGUGGACGAGGAAAGGCCUCGUAACGGACUCGUGUUUUAUUCUGUGUGUAAAAACGCUGCUUUUUUUAUCGGCUCCGCUCUCCAGAAAAGGACAAAAAUAUAGAUUAACCUGUAAGUUUCUGUUUUAUAUGAUUAUUUUAUAAAGAAAAGAGCUAAGAAUAAUGACAGAGGAUAUAAAGCAGAGCAACGUGAGGAAGAAAUAACCAGGAUCUGACUCCGGAGAAAACACGGAUAUUUAUAUAAACCCCAAACGUUUUUACUGUGGAGCACCCAACUCAAGCAAGUGUCCAUUGUUUACUCAGAUAAACUAAAAGUACAAUUUGGUUGAAAAGAUCAUUUCUGUUUCCUCAAUCGCGCCUGUUUUUCGACGGUUUACCAAAUAGAUUUUCUCUCUUUAAAAAUACAUAAAGUUUGGGCCCAACUGUUACAUUUGAUUCAUUCACUAAACUGAAGCAUGUGUCCUUCAUCCUUCUCUUCCGCCAAAUAACCAGUCGUGCGUUUCUCCUGACGUCACGACAUUUACCUGUGCUUUCACACGUGUGUAUCUGGGUCAUUGCUUUGGGGCCUGUUACGCUUUCCAUUGGGUUUUUCUUCAUUAAUCAGCCCCGAG